AUGAAGUUCUCAGCACUCAGCUACAGCCUGCUCGCUUUUGCCGCAGGUACUGAAGCAUGCAUCCGUGUUCAUGCGCACCUGAACAAUGACCCUGUUACCGGAGACUCUAUGGGUGUCAAGAUAUACGAUGGUUACGACUACAAAUGUCGAGCCGGAGACUCUAAGUAUCUUGCCAGCGGCGAAACCACAUGGAAGUUCAAAUGUGGGGAAGACGACCGCUACGAAGUUCAUCUCACAGGGGAUGGCACUAAAGGGACAGUCUGGAACCACAACGCUGGAUAUGAGGGAACUUUGGUCUCUAAGGACCACGACCACAAGUCUGAGUGCAGAUAUCGUACGGGACUGAAUGAUCGUUGUGCUGGAUAUGUCUCGAGUGACGAGACUACUCUUUGGGAUGGAUUUGGCGAUUGCGACGACAAGCUGUUCAAGACUAAAAAUUGUGGAGAUAAUGAAUGCGAUAUCUCCGAGGACGACGUGCCUUGCGCAGUCGACUACAAUGGUCGUUGCGAGCCGAUAGAAUUCUGA